GAGCUAACUGGGACAAUUAGUUCAGAAUGUAAUUAUGCCCUUACUGCUUUUACUUUCUGCGUGGGAUCAGAGGUUGUUACUUGUGACUACAGAGCCAUUCUAGCACAAGGAAAUCACUGUUGAUCUCAAAGAUUCCUCUUUCAGCACAGAGAAUUUCCUUUAUCUCUGAGUCUCCCAAGUUCAAAUUGUUACACAUUCCACCCCCCAAGAGCAGGUGAAACUCUGGACAAAAAUGUUAGUCUUAAAGCUGUAUGGAAAUUAGGAAUGCCAGAGAGUGACAAGGUGUGUAGAUUUGGUUAUCUGGGCUGAGGAACAAUGGGAACCUCUUUUUUGCCUGAGCUUUGUGAAUGGUUCAGAGCCAGGCCUUGGAGCUUCUUUUGGUCCCUAAACAGCUGUCGGGCUUUUCACCUGAAGAAAUGUGGAAUGGUUUCUCUGACCAAAAGGUGCAGAACUAUGGAUUUGUGUCCGGAAGCUUCAGCAGCUGUAAGACAGGUGGAGGAGGAGAAUGACUGAAGGUUUAUUCAGGGGGAUGUCUGGCACAUUGCAGCAGAUCAUUCAGGGCUAAAUUGCAAGGGGACCUGCUAGAGAAUGUGUCCCAAAGGUAGAAGGAAAGGGAAGGGAGCCAUGAGGGUUUGUCUCUUUCUCAUGGUUUUUCAGGUAGGGAUUGUGUGUCACGGCAUAGGUAGAAGGCAGAAAGAUAAUAGUGGUGAAUCAGAUUCUUCUGUUCUUUUCAGAGACAUAUCCCAAAUGUGCAUUCCCUAGUGCUUUGUCAUGUCUGAACUUCAAAUGCAACACUGGAUGGGAAAUUCCACUAUAUCCUUUGGGAAACUGUCCAGCAAUCCUGAGAUGGCAUUUCCCCUCCCCCUCCAUAAAAGAUGAUGUAGUUUCUCUUUGUGGUCUGCAGAUAUGUCCACACAUACCAGAGUUACUCCUCUCAACCCAUGUGGUUUACAGCCUUCAAAUAUCUUGUGUCUUGUGUCAUGUCCUAGUUAUUUGUUAAUCAAAUCGUUACAUUCCUAUGUCUUGUUAAUCAGUUUCUGUGAUUAUUUGCAAUAAGGUCCUGUGUUGCCCAGACAUACACAGAGGUCUGUAAGGAAGCAUCAGCUCCAAGGAACAGGCCUUUCCCUGUUGAAAUCACAGAGAUUUUUAAGACUCAACUAGGAGAGGCCCCACAAAACUUAAUGGAGAUUUUUUUUGAUCAUUUUCUUGUUCUCUGAAUGCCUUCUGGUAUCCCCUUUUGGGUCUGAGAUAACUCACUUUUCAUAAGUCGCACUGCAGCCACGACAGAAACAUCAGCAUCUCUCCUCUUUGACCAAAGUCACUUCCUGGACUUGCAUCAGGAUGUGUCACUGAUGGAGUCUGAAGAAAGCAGUGAGGGAGGCACCGCUCCCCCAGGAGCCAGCAGCACCCCUGGGGCAGCCUGGGAUCCUACAGCGGUUGGAGGAGAGCGCCAUGCCGCUCACGCAGCAGCCGAAAUGAGCGCCGGCCCGCCGAGCUCUGCACGGGGAGCAGAGCUCAGCGCUCCCGAGGGCUGCCUUCCUGCUCCAGGGAGAGCAGCAGAGAUGCUGGGCAGACCCUCUACUAACCCUGUGCAAAAAACGCCAGCAGGACUGGAACGGGAGCAAGGGGAUGCAGAGCCUGAGAAGGGACUCUCGGAGUGGGAAGGAGAAAUGCCUUCAGAGGAGGGUGGGCUGGGUUAUCCUCUGAAACCUAAGCAAUUACAGGCAGUUGGCCUGGAAAGCAACCAGGACUUUUCCUCUCACAGCACAGCUCAGGAUGAGCUAGCCCCUGGCAGCCCCAUCCUGCAGGCUGUGAACCUCAGCACCGAGUUUGCUCAAUGCCAGGCAGAACUGGCUUUUCACAGCUCACAGCCCGAGGCCCAGCAACCAAAAUCUCCUUCGGCUGAUGCCGCUUCCUCUCAGAGGGAGGCACCCAAGUGCUUUUUGGUGUGUAAAACUGUUUCAGAGGGACAUUACAAGGCCGAACCGUUUCUGGAUGGCGGCUCCAGGGAUUCCCUGCAGGAGGCUGAUGGUGCUGCAGAGCAGAAGCAAAGCAGCAGGAAGGUGGCACCAGCACCUGACCAGCAGCCUACAUCAGAGGAAGCAGCAGGAGACACAGCUAAGCCUUACACUUCUGAAGAUGCCAAGGAAAGCCUAAGAUCACCCCAGGGUUUGGAAGACAAUGCAGAGCCUUCCUCUUCCCAUCAGUUGUCUUCCACCUUAACACGUGACAGCCAAGUAAGUUCACUGCAAGCAGAAGGAAACACCUCAGCUGGGGAAACAAGGAACACCAGCACGGUCAAAGACCAGGCAGCAGUAACGGUGCCUAAAGAAAACUCACCUGCUUCCAAAUGCCUUCAUCUAGAAGAUGGUCACGGAAAAACAGAGGGGAGGCCUGCUCCUUCAGCAGAGAGUGCCUUCCAGGUAAAGAACACUGCUAAAAGGAGUGAGGAAGGGAGUGCUCCACAGCAUAAGGAGCCAGCAGAGGAGGAGGCAGCAUCUGAACCUCAGCAGGAAGGGGAGAAGAAGGAGUGCAAAGAGCAGGAUCUGCCCGAAGAAGGAAAAUCUUUGGAGCCCAAAGAUCAGAAAAACAAGCAACAAAAUGGGCAGGAACAACUGCAGAGGGAAGAGCUCAGACUGGAGGAAGAGCUCAAGGCAGAGGCUCUGUCAUCAGCUUUUGGGUCAGAGACGUCUUCUGUUCCCAGGUAUAAGGUGGACAUGUGUGGUUUGGAGAAUGUUUCCUUGGCUGAGCAAAGGGGAUCAGCAUUUCCUCCUGGGGAACCUGUCUCUGUGGAUCCUGGUGAGGAUGUGCUGCUGAAAGCUCAUGUCACAGAAGCAGGUUCUGGAUGUCAGGCACCUCUGUCUUCAAACAACCUGAACCCAGGGGGUAGAGCUCCACACACAUGCCAUGUGUCUGACCAGUCAGAAGACCUGGAAGACUCUGGCCGCUUUUCCAUCGGUGGUCAGGAUCUUGGAGAAGCUCACUGGGAUGACAGGACAAGACUGGGCAAUGAUGGGCAUGGAAAAGCUGUCCAGGGGUUUGAUAAACGAGAGGCACCGCUCCAUGGAGGAGUGGCAGCACCUUCUGGUGCAGAGAACCCAGAGGCUUCUGUUCCAGCACACCCUUCCUCUGGUACUAACUACUUGGAGCCACCUGAUCCCAGAGAUGCUACAGGAAGAGCUGAGCUUUGGCACUUCAUUCCAGCUUCACCCUCAGAGCUCACCCCAGUGGCUUCAGCGUCUGGCCAACAGGAGGAGGGUGCCAGAGCAGCCUCUGUGGCCCCCCAGGACUGUCCUGGCACCAGCCUCAACGAGCUGCCAGGCUCUGCAGGGAAGCCACCUAGACAAGCUGCUCCCACACAGGUGUGGGACCCAACACCAAUGCAAACUGCUGUCCUAAGUACAGAUCCAGGGGAGGCCAAGGCUUUCCAUGAAAUCCUUACUUCCGAGGAAGGCUUUCAGGAAGACCUCAGUGGCCCAUCUUCUUUCUCUGUAGUUCCUUUAGAAGGGAGCCUUCCUGGGGAUAGGAGGUCUGUGGUUAGCAUUGCAGGGCCUCUGGAACCAUCCCAAACGCCAGGAAGGACUUCCACUCCCCUGAACCACCCAGAGACAAUUCAGCAGAACUCCCCCCAAAAAAGUGCCGUUGUGCAGGGAAAAGAAACAGGAGCAAAUGUGGAUCAUGAAGCACAACAAGUGCCUUUGUUUGAUCAGCCUGACUGCAGUUUAGACCAAAAAGAGCUUGGAUCCAGAAUUUCCAGUGUCCUGAGCACCCUAACUUGGCCCUCUGAAGAAGAUACAGUCCUUGCUGUGAACCAGCAAGAACAACCUCUGUCCCCUGUGCCCCACUCGAGCCUACCUCUGGUGUCUGAGCCUGAUGCCAAACAGCUUCCUCAGCCUCCUUCCCGUGUCCAAAGGCCCACUCAAGCUCAGGCCCCUGCACUUAAUGCAAAUCACCUUGUCCCACCUCCAGCCCCCGAACAAUCCCAGCCACUGGCUCCUGGGCCAUAUUCCAGGCCACACCUCAACUGUGGUGUGGACCAUAAUAGGUCAGGAGCCAUUCACCCUGCCGUAAGCCAUCCUCUCCAGGCUGCUGCCUCUGGGUCCCAUUCCAACUCCGUGGCCUCUGCUUCUGAGGGAGAAAGUCUGAUGGCAGAGAAGGAUGGCCUUGUUCCAGUAACGGGGGAGUGGGAUCUCGGUGACUCAGGUACCCACGAUACAGAGACUUCCGAUGACUCAGGGGUCAGUUUGCUGGCCAAAAGCUUUUCUGCUGUUGGAAGUGAAGCGCUGGUUGGCUGCUCUGACACCAGCCCUGAAACAGCAGAGCGGCACGUGGAUGUAGAAAGCGGAAAAUCCUCACCUGACCACCCUAACUGGCCCUCGUUGGAAGGCUUGAUAGCAUCGACAGAGUCCAAGAGCAGAGACUCUGCACAGCCCCUUCCAAUGCUGGCGUUCACCAACCCAAUCCACUUCAUCCAGCUUAGCCCUCCGUCACCUCCGACCACCAGAACGACCUGCCAGGAGGAGGAGCUGCCGUGGGAGCAACCCUCAGGCAUCUUGGGUGUGGACACAAAGCACGUCCAGGCUCCACUGGCAGUCACAGGGAAAACAGAAGGUGAGAGGAGGGUCAAGCAAAGGCUGGAAGGAGGGGAACAUCAGCCAAAGGAAGAAGUGGCCAAACAUGCACCCUUGGAAAAAUCCUCCAGUUGGCCAGACAAGAAGAAGGUGGGGGUGGCUGCACAGGAGCCAGCAGCCAACCAGGAGAGCCCGAUUAGGCGCCGAGUGAAAAGCAAGGACUGGCACCGCCAGGGCCUGAAGAGGAUGUCAGUGCCACCAGACAUCUUGCAGCAAGUUUCUUCUGUUCCUUCAGAGGAGGAAGCUCACAAGGCCCCCAGGGAGCCACCAGUCAGCUCAGAAACAGUUAUAUUGCGAGAGAAGAAACCUGCAGACACAACGGAGAACUUCAAACGCCGGCACUCCAAGCUGAUCAACUCCUCAAGACUGCUGUAUCAGGAGUACAGUGACGUGGUUCUGAACAAGGCCAUUCAAAGCCAGAAGAGGGUGGAUUACCCAGAGGAUAUAGAGUCGAGUUUCCCAAGCUCCCCGAGGCUGCGGAGGAAGGUGCUGUCUCCCCAGGACUCGUACUUGCAACGCCUGUCGGUCUCGUCCAACGCAUCCCUCUGGCAGGACAUCCCCAUGAUCCGGGGCAGCAGAAUGCUGCUCAAUAUGUCCCGUGAGGAGCAGAGGCUGCAGGAGGCCAAGUUUGAGCUGAUAAUAUCUGAGGCUUCCUACCUGCGCAGUCUGAACGUGGCAGUGGAUCACUUCCAGCGAUCAGCAGAGCUCCAGGCCAUGCUCACCAACCAGGAGCGCCAGUGGCUCUUCUCCCGCCUCUCCGACGUGCGCGACGUCAGUGCCAGCUUCCUCUUUGACUUGGAGGAGAAGUUUGAGGAGGACAUGUUCACCUUCCACGUGUGCGACGUGGCUCUCAAACACGCCCCCGACUUCCGCAGGGUGUAUCUUCCCUACGUAACAAACCAGACCUACCAGGAGCAAACCUUCCAGCGGUUACUAAAUGGAAAUGCAGGGUUCCAGCAAGUCCUGGAGAGACUGGAAAGUGAUCCAGUAUGCCAGCGCCUCUCACUGAAAUCCUUCCUCAUCCUCCCUUUCCAGCGCAUCACUCGCCUCAAGCUCCUCCUGCAGAAUAUCCUGAAAAGAACUCGGCCUGGGUCUGAGGAGGAAGUGCAAGCAACACAGGCCUACGAUGCGCUUGAGAAGCUCAUCAAGGACUGCAAUGAAAAUGUCCAGCGCAUGAAGAGCACUGAAGAGCUGAUCUACCUCAGCCAGAAGAUUGAAUUUGAGUGCAAGAUAUUCCCACUCAUCUCACAGUCGAGGAGGCUUGUGAAGUGUGGUGAGUUGACAGCACUGGACUUCAACAACCCGAGUCCAAAGUGGAAAGUCACCACCCGGCCCAUCUACCUACACCUUUUCAACGACUGCCUGCUCCUGUCUCGGCCGAAGGAGGGUGGACGUUUCGUCGUGUUCGACCACGCCGCCUUCUCGGAUGUGCGCGGGGAGAAGUGUGAGAUGAAACUCCACGGAGCGAACAAAAACCUCUUCCGUCUCUUUCUGCUUCAGAAUUACCAGGGAAAGAGAGCAGAGUUUUUGUUUCGGACAGAGACACACAGUGAGAAGCUGAGGUGGAUCUCCGCUUUGGCUCCUCCGCGGGGAGAACCGGACCUGCUGGAAUGCCCUGAUGCACCACAGGUUCAAUGCAUAAAGACUUACAAGGCUCGGGAAAAUGAUGAGCUGGCUUUGGAGAAGGCAGACAUCAUCAUGGUUAUGCAGUACAGCAACGAUGGAUGGAUGGAAGGGGUAAAACUUUCAGACCGGGAGAGAGGCUGGUUCCCCUCAGAACACGUGGAGAACAUCUCCAGCAAACACGUCCGGCAGAAGAACCUGAAGGAGGAGCAGCGUGUGAAGAAUGCCAAGCAGCAGGUCUUCUGCAAGAAAUAAAGACUCUGGUUGGACCUGUACAGUCUCCCUGCCGUGGGGGAAGCCAUGCCUUUUCUAUUGUGCCUCAGAAGAAAAUGCCUCUGCAAGAGAGCAUAAUACAGCACUUUGACAGGACCGGGUGCUUUUUUGCCAAAGAGAGCGGGAAUUCAAUCAGGAAAAAAAAUCACUCACUUCCUCUGUGUCAGCAGGACUAUGGCAGCAGCAGGAGGAGGAGUAGAGGUUGCAUGCAUUGCUUGCUUUGUGGUAGUAGGGAGGGACUUAAAAGCGGACAGAGGUCUGGGAUCUGGACUUCUGAAAGUAUAUUCCUGGUUUUGCCACUGACAAAGUUGUGGGGACCUUAUGCAAGUCACUUCAGAGUUCUGCCUUCAGUUUUCCCAUCUGCGAAGUGGGGGGAAGCUCACCUACCUCACUGCGUGGUGUGAGGCUAAAUUCACUGGUAUUAGCAGACUGAGAGCUCUGAGCUCCUGAGAGGGAAGGUGCCAAGUGCAAAGCACAGCAGAGUCGAGGGGAGUUUUUCCAUUUGAACAGCCUCUUGAUACUAUUCUUCGUGGUGUUGAUCUCCACAGCGUAAUUUCCACUUAGAGCAAUUUAUGUGUUUGAUCGUGCGGGUCUACUGGGGUUUAGAUAGGCAAAUAUUUCAUUGCACCCAAAUUUAACUCGGUCUCAGAGUGCUGUUAAGAGUCCUUGACAGCGUGAUAAAAUCCACUGGAGUGGAGCAAAGUUUUCAGAAGCCACUGUGAUGAUUUCCCUCACCCCUUAUAAGAGGUAUCAUGCUGAAGAAUCUGCUUCACAAAGGUCACCUCUCUUACGAACAAGUGUCCCAUUAAGCCGUCUGAAAUGAGCUUUUUUUUUUUAACUCUGCCUCCCACUCAAAGUAGAUCGGUGACUUUUGACAAAGAUGUUUCUUGUGUGUGGGUCCACGCCCUGUACAGAAUUACCAUGACUAAGGCACAUGCAAUGAAGUGGCACUUUCCUGCUGCUCUUGCUCUGAUCACUCAUGUGGUAUUGCAUGCACCAUUUUGCACACUUAGGGAGAACACUGAAUUAUUUAGCCACUGUAGAUAAAGCCAAAAUAUGCACCAGGGUCUCUGUUCUUUUUUAGAACUCUCUGGUUUUAAGUCCAGUUUACAUGCAUUUGUGCAGAACCUGUCUAUUUGAGGAUAUGCCUUCGAGUGUAAAAUACUGUUUCUGUGUUAAAGUGUUUGCGUUCAGCUCAGUCAAUGCAAGAUCAAGUAUGAGAAUCAAUACACCAAAGAAAGCAACGUGUAGCCUUCUUGCAUUUAAUAUAUUUGAAGAAUUAGUUAUCUUCAUAUUUCCAGCUUCCUGUCUCUGUAACAUCCUGCCUUUAAAUCCCAUUUACACUGUAUCUAGUAUAGCUUAUUACAGCCUAUUUAUAUCAAUAAUUUUAGCUGGAUUAAAAAAAAAAAAAAAAAAAAAAGAGUUGCUUUUAGUCUUAAUAAACUCAUGCAC